GCUGAAAAUGCAGAUUUAGCAUCAGGCACAGAUACACUCGCUCUUUCUCUGAGAUACACACAGCUCUCCACAUUAGCACCUCUGCGAGCAAGCCGGGCUGCCUGACUACACGGCUUCCCCGCCAGCCAGAUGCUAGAGAACACACACUGAUUUGCUCCUUUCCAAACCCCUAAUCAGUGUUUUUCUCUACACAAAGAUUUUUUUAAAACAAGCAACAACAAAAACUAUAUAUAUAUAUAUAUAUAUAUAUUUUAUUUGCACCUUCCUUGCGGGACCACUGCUCCGCCAGCCUGCGCGCCUCCUAACACCACUUUUCACUCCCAAAGAAAGAUGAAAGGUGGCUGUGUCUUCCAGUGGAAGGCGGCCGCCGGGCUCCUCUUCUGUGUCAUGGUUUUUGCAUCUGCCGAGAGACCGGUCUUCACGAAUCAUUUUCUUGUGGAGUUGCAUAAAGGAGGAGAGGAAGAAGCUCGCCAAGUUGCAGCAGAACACGGUUUUGGAGUCCGAAAGCUCCCCUUUGCUGAAGGCCUGUAUCAUUUUUAUCACAAUGGCCUGGCAAAGGCCAAGAGGAGACGCAGCCUGCCCCAUCAUCAUCAGCUGGAGAGAGACCCCAGGGUAAAGAGGGCCUUGCAACAGGAAGGGUUCAACCGAAAAAAGCGAGGGUAUAGAGACAUCAACGAGAUCUACAUCAACAUGAACGACCCUCUUUUUACGAAGCAGUGGUAUCUGAUCAAUACCGGGCAAGCUGAUGGUACUCCUGGCCUCGACUUGAAUGUGGCAGAAGCCUGGGAGCUGGGAUACACAGGGAAAGGUGUUACCAUUGGAAUUAUGGACGAUGGGAUCGACUAUCUCCACCCGGACCUGGCCUCAAACUAUAACGCCGAAGCAAGCUACGACUUCAGCAGCAACGACCCCUAUCCUUACCCUCGAUACACAGAUGACUGGUUUAACAGCCAUGGGACCCGAUGUGCCGGGGAAGUUUCUGCAGUCGCCAACAACAACAUCUGCGGGGUCGGAGUGGCCUACGGCUCCAAGGUCGCAGGGAUCCGGAUGCUGGACCAGCCCUUCAUGACGGACAUUAUCGAGGCCUCCUCCAUCAGCCACAUGCCUCAGCUGAUAGACAUUUACAGCGCCAGUUGGGGCCCCACCGACAACGGGAAGACGGUGGACGGGCCCCGGGAGCUCACACUCCAGGCGAUGGCGGACGGCGUGAACAAGGGCCGAGGGGGCAAAGGCAGCAUCUACGUGUGGGCCUCAGGGGACGGCGGCAGCUACGACGACUGCAACUGCGACGGCUACGCCUCGAGCAUGUGGACCAUCUCCAUCAACUCGGCCAUCAACGACGGCAGGACCGCCCUGUACGAUGAGAGCUGCUCCUCCACCCUGGCCUCCACCUUCAGCAACGGGCGCAAGCGCAACCCCGAGGCCGGAGUGGCAACCACAGAUCUGUACGGCAACUGCACCCUGAGGCAUUCUGGGACAUCCGCAGCUGCUCCCGAGGCAGCUGGAGUGUUUGCACUGGCUUUAGAGGCUAACCUGGGUCUGACCUGGAGAGACAUGCAGCAUCUGACCGUGCUCACCUCCAAACGGAACCAGCUUCAUGACGAGGUCCAUCAGUGGCGGAGGAACGGGGUCGGCUUGGAGUUUAAUCACCUCUUUGGCUACGGGGUGCUUGACGCAGGCGCCAUGGUGAAAAUGGCCAAAGACUGGAAAACUGUGCCUGAGAGGUUCCACUGUGUGGGAGGCUCCGUGCAGGACCCUGAGAAAAUACCGCCGACCGGCAAGCUGGUGCUGAAGCUCACCACCGCCGCCUGCGAGGGGAAGGAGAACUUCGUGCGCUACCUGGAGCACGUGCAAGCUGUCGUCACGGUCAACGCGACCAGGCGAGGGGACCUGAACAUCAACAUGACGUCCCCCAUGGGCACCAAGUCCAUCCUGCUGAGCCGGCGGCCACGGGACGACGACGCCAAGGUGGGCUUCGACAAGUGGCCUUUCAUGACCACCCACACCUGGGGGGAAGAUGCCCGGGGGACAUGGACCCUGGAGCUGGGCUUCGUGGGGAGCGCGCCCCAAAAGGGGGUGCUGAAGGAGUGGACACUGAUGCUCCACGGCACGCAGAGCGCCCCGUACAUCGACCAGGUGGUGAGGGAUUACCAGUCCAAGCUGGCCAUGUCCAAGAAGGAGGAGCUGGAGGAAGAGCUGGACGAAGCGGUGGAGAGAAGCCUGAAGAGCAUCCUGGGCGAGAACUAGCCCCUCGGCGCCCACUCCCCGCUGCCGGCCCGCCGCCCCAGCCGGGCAUCUAGCGGUUAACCUCCCCCCACACAAGCGACUCCAACUUCUUGCUCCGAAGCUUUGCUCACUGUCAGUGGUUAUUUUCACUACCAUGGAAGCAACCUUUUUUAUUCUGUGCCCCAAAUACAGUGUUCCCACCAACACCUCUGUCCUAUUUGUGACUCGAAGUUCUUUAUUUCUGUCACUCAGAUAGGUGAUAUCUUGCCAACAAACCUGGGACCGCUGUCCCCUCGGUUUCUUUCAUAGAAGAGAAUGCAUUUAAAAAGCCAGGCGCGGUGACGCCAAGGACGUUCAUUCACGGUCUCAGCUGAGGACCUGUUACUUAAAAGGAGAAUCCAAGGUUAUGACAGAGGUGAGCUCUGAGUCUCUUAAAGCACAGAUGCUGUAAAUCCUUUGGGGAAAGAUGCUUUUGACUUUUAGCAAGAUUUUUCAGGGAUGUAAAUGAAGGUGGCGUGAAUGGAAAGGUGCCCUAAUUACCAGAUAGGGAAGAGAGAGUCAGAAAGCAUGAAGGUUUGGAAAUCUUGCCACCAACGCCCACAUCGUAGCUAGUCUCACUCGGCCAGCGCGAUACAUGUAAAAACUCAGUAGCCUGGCUGCCCUUUACCAGCUGCUGCUCUGAGUGACGGUAAACUCUGCUAGAGAUGCCCAAAUUACCCUGUGUGUGUAGCCUUCAUCCCAGCCCCAAUUUUCUGGGGUUCCCCCCAUAGUUAUCCAAAAGAAGAAAGGCAGGGCAGGAUGGCAACACUUCUGGGAAAGGGUCGCUUAGUGGUUUUUAACACAGGAAUGUUCCUUUUCUGCAGUCACUCUGGGGCUUCCUCAUCUGAUGGAAGUGAGAGGUGAGCUGAGUGUUUUCAAGAGCUUUCUGCUUGGGCUUUGAUUUCCAAAGCACGUGACUAGAGGGAAACACCUUCUGCGUGUUGUGAUUUCUCUGAUGAGUUAAGGAAAUGGCCUCUGUUCCAGAAGAGGUGUGUGCAGGGCGAGGGGGCAGCCAUCUCACGUGGACCCUCCCUUUGUAUGGAGCCCCCUCUGCUGAAGCCAGCUCAGCCCCUAGUAACCUGAGGCCCGAAGGAAGCAGGAGGAGGCCUCUGUACGGAAGCACUGAGUUACCAUCUCGGCAGCUAAGCCGUCAGGAGGGGGUUCUACAUGUAAUCUAAAGGUGACACACCCUCUUCCCCAGUCAACCCCCGAAGACCCCGUCUCAUCAGCAAAUAGAAAUGCUUUCUGAGCAGCUGUCACUUCGUUUUCCUGUUCGAGGACUGGCUCUUCAUCACCAAUCCCAAUGCUCACCCGCUCCCGAGAAACGAUGUGCUCGUUUGAUUUGAUUCCAAAGAACUGAUCAAUCACUUCUGUUCACACUUCUCUCUUCCCAUGGAAGCGGGUAGCUCAGCCUGGAGUUCCUUUCCUUAAAGCCAGCAACACAAGAGCAGGAGGUUCCGUCCCCUGAAGGGGGCAACUUGAAGGGAAAAGUCUGGAAAACCCGUUUUCUUUCUUUUUCCCCCCAUGUUGGCAUGAAUUUCUGUCUUCUCUAACACCAUAUGACCUUCUCUAUAGAAUGCUUUACAAUGUAAUACUAUUUAUGAUUUUUAAAAGAAAUUUAUUACAUGUGGCAAAGGUCUUUUUAAACCAGUUUAGACUUAAAGAAAAAAUAAAUGGAAAUCAUCAAAAUUUCAUUUCACAUUAACAGUCUGAAAAUAAACCAAAGGACGUUAUGUGUGCAUGUGUGUAUAAGUGCACACAGAAAUAUAUAUACAUAUGUAGACUAUAUACACGUAUAUAGUCUGUAUAUACGUGUGUAUAUAUGUGUAUAUAUCUUUAUAUACACUUGUAUAACUGUAUAUACACACAUAUACAUAAAAUGUGUGUAUGUGUAUUUAUUGAAGAAACAGACACCACAUUCAUCUCUAAAAGAAUAUUCAGAGGAUAUCAAGAUGAUUCUGGCUGAAGGAAAAGGCUGGUGGAAAUUCAGGUGAAAUGUUCGUCAGCUCCCAUUACUUCACCUCUGUAAUCUUGCUUCUCUGUAUAAACAUUAAGUGUCUUAUAUAGCAGCACAGAUAUAAAAUAGUUGUCCAUAUUUUCACAGUUAUGGUAUAAUUUGUGAAAUUAGAGAGUAACUUAUCAGCUUCUUAAUAGAAAUGGCAAGUUUUGAUAUGAGUAUACAGUCCGUAAAGAUAUAUACAGUGCUAUUUAAAACUA